GUCAAGGUCACAAAAAACAACAUGGCUCCCAAGAAAAAUGAUCGAGUUCUUCACAAGACAGAUUUUCCAAUUUACACAGUUCAGUCGUUGGGGGAUCGUCACUUUCUUGCUGGUGGAGGUGGAGGACAAUCCCGCACUGGCGUUCCAAACAUAAUUGAAAUAUUUGAAUUGUCAUGUAACGCAUCCGAUGGCAAACUACAGGCUCAGAGUGCAUUCCGCUAUGAUACUGGGACAUCUGCCAUCAUGAACAGCGCAACCGUGGAUGAUGGAAAACGAUAUGUCCUCGCAGUCGGCAUGGAAGAGAACUGCAAAGUCUAUUCUCUGAAAUACAAAGUUGCUAAACCAAAGCCCAACAAGACGCCUGAUACUGAUGACAAUUUGCGUAAAAGGAAGGGCAACCUCACAAAUUCAGAAUCCCAUGAUUCUGCUCCUAAUGUAGUGACAUUUGAAGUAGAUGAAAUUGCCGAUGUAAAAACAGACUAUUCAGACGAUAGUGGAGUUCAAAAUGUUGUACGGUUCAGUAAAGAUGCAUCGCUGAUGCUGACCGGUGGCAGUGAUGGAUAUUUACGAGUCUGGAAGUUCCCAGACAUGAAGAAAUCAUUUGAAGUCAAAGCAUAUGAUGAUGAAGUCGAUGAUGUGGCUAUUAGUCCAAAAGGCAAUCGGAUUGUAACUAUUGGUAAAAGUGGUGCUAAAGUGUGGAAUACGAAAGAUGGUAGUAAAUUCUUAGAGUUAGUUUGGCCAAAGAAAACAGAGGGUAAAUACAGAUUUAGAGCUUGUAGGUAUGGUUUAGUCGAAAAUAGUGAUAAAAAAGUGGUGCUGUAUAGUGCACACAUUCCUUUAAUCCGAAAGAAGACAUCACCAUCCUAUAUUGCCAGGUGGGAUGCAACAGACUUCCAGUGCAAGGGUGUGACCAUGCUGUCAGAGGAGAUUAUAUCUUGUUUGGAUGUGAGCACUGAUGGCACUUUUGUUGGUGUUGGAACGAUAGGGGGAAGUGUGGCAGUGUAUAUAUCCUUCAGUUUACAGCAAUUAUAUUGCAUAAAAGAAGCCCACAAUAUAUUUGUGACUGGUGUCAACUUCCUACCCUCUACUGACUCAGUCCGUGCCUUAACUGGUACACAGGACUUCACACUGCUUAGUAUAUCUGCUGAUGACCAAAUACAGUACCAUCAAGUCAAAAAUAGAACCAGCUACAGCUUCAUAUGGAUCAUGGUCGGCUUCAUCGUGAUAAUAUAUCUACUGUUUUAUGCACUGGCAGAAUUAGGUUUGUGAUCGAACCUGGUAGGAAAAGAGCAAUAAUCGGCAAAUAUUAGCCAGUCUAUUAAGGAAUACCGUGGUCAUAACACAGUCUGUUGCAACCAGACUUCACCAAGAAAUGUGUGCACUGAAGCGAGAGUACACCUACCAUCAGUACAUACUCACAGAACAUGGGGCCUGUCACAAACUGUUUUUUUGCCAGAAUUAUGGCAUUUUGAGUCAGUGGUAGCAUUUCAAUAACUUGUAUUUUUAAGAUCACUGACAAACUGCUUUUCUUUGCUAUUUGUAUUGUAUCUCUACAUCCAAUCGGUGUAUAUCACAGAUUCGUACAAGGUCAAUGUAGUGAGGUCAUAAUAUAUUCUGGUCUCUUUGAAAUGUGCUAUGUACAUUGUAGGCCAACUCUCAUAAACUGUCUCAUCCUUUAAAUACAUUGUCUAUAAGAUUUAAAUUAGAAACAUAUAUUGAUUUCAGGUAUACACCACAAAAUAUAUGUGCAUGUCCUUGAUCAGAAAAUUCAUAUAAUAACUCUAUAUAAUGAUGAUGCCUGAAAGUUUGUUAUUUGAUAAAUCCUUCGAAUUUUGCUGGAUAUGUGGGUCAUUAUAGCUUUAAACAAUGUUAAACAUACAUGUAAAUACAUAUAUGACCUGUAAGUCCCUUAAUAAGGAGAAGUAUGACCCGUUGAGUUUCAGCAUAGGGUGUAGAAUAGAUAUGCAUCCAAAAGUGUACAUAAAAAUGGGUAGAACGAUUGUAUACAUUUUCUGAUGUAUACCAAAACUGCCAUCUUUACAAGACCUCAGUAAUUUCUAAGAGAUGACUGAUAGGAAAUCAUGCUACAUGUACUCUUCAAAUCUUUUCUGUCUCUAUAGUCGUACUUCCACCUAUCAAAUCCCCGUGUCUUUUGCGCUUACACCUAUGAAUUGCCGUGUCUAAAUAGACCCAUGUGUCAAAUCCCCGUGUCUAUUAGCCCCAUCGGGCUAAUUUAGACCCGUGUUCAACACGGGUUUUUUGAUAGGUGGAAUCUGAAUAGCCCCGGCAAUUGCAAGUUCUAAGACCCGGCGACAGAUGGCGCGGUGUAGUUGCCUCGGUAUUGCGCACGCAAAAUUCCCCUCCAAUUCCCCCCCUACCUACAGCGCACCUGUCGCCGGGGCUAUUAACCAUUAUCUAACACCACUGAUAGGUGUAAGUGCGCCCCGGGUUUUUUGACACACGGCGAAGACACGGGUCUUGAAAAAACACGUGGUUUUAUGAUAGGUGGAACUACGACUUAUGUUUAAUUUAUUUCAUAGAACUAUUAUUUAUCAUGUUGUCAAGAGGUGUAUUAGUAAUGUAAAGACUUUUCAUUAUGGAAUUGAAUAA